AUUGACACUUGUGAACAGGAGCUGCGUAGAGUCUGAAACCAGACUGUGAAAUUGUGGAGUCCAUAGUGACAGAUGGACACUGUUCUCGUUCUUGCUCAACAGUAGACACCGAUAUAACCAUAAACCAAGAAUACCCUUUUGUUCUCUCUGUCUCUCUCUCUCUCCUUCUCCUUUUAGCUUCUGUUUACACAGCUACCUAGAGAGCUAUUGAGAACCAGGAAUGGGAAGUAGUAGCAGUAGUUCAGUUCCUAUGAAGUUGCUGAGUUUGGUGUGUUUGGUGAUAUGUUUGAGUUCUCAGCUGGUACAAUGCAGUGUGACCUAUGACAGGAAGGCAAUUGUUAUUGAUGGCCAAAGGAGAAUCCUUUUCUCUGGUUCUAUUCAUUAUCCCAGAAGUACCCCUGAUAUGUGGGAAGAUCUGAUACAGAAGGCUAAAGAUGGAGGCUUGGAUGUGAUUGAGACCUAUGUUUUCUGGAAUGUGCAUGAGCCUACUCCUGGAAAUUACAAUUUUGAAGGGAGAUAUGAUCUUGUGAGAUUCGUCAAGUUAAUACAGAAAGCAGGCCUUUAUGCUCAUCUUCGCAUUGGACCUUACGUUUGUGCAGAGUGGAAUUUUGGAGGGUUUCCUGUAUGGUUAAAGUAUGUCCCAGGAAUCAGCUUUAGAACAGACAAUGAGCCUUUCAAGAGAGCAAUGCAAGGUUUCACUGAAAAGAUUGUGGGAUUGAUGAAGAGUGAAAAUUUGUAUGAAUCCCAGGGUGGCCCCAUUAUACUCUCUCAGAUCGAGAAUGAGUAUGGGUCACAAAGUAAGUUACUAGGUGCUGCUGGUUAUAAUUAUAUGAGUUGGGCAGCAAAUAUGGCUGUUCAAACAAGAACUGGGGUACCCUGGGUGAUGUGCAAAGAAGAAGAUGCCCCAGAUCCAGUGAUAAAUACAUGCAAUGGAUUUUACUGCGAUUCAUUCUCCCCCAACAAACCUUACAAGCCUACAAUUUGGACUGAGGCUUGGAGUGGAUGGUUCUCUGAGUUUGGUGGUCCGAUUCAUCAGCGCCCAGUUCAGGAUUUGGCGUUUGCAGUUGCUCGAUUCAUACAAAAAGGAGGAUCUUUUGUUAAUUAUUACAUGUACCAUGGAGGAACUAAUUUUGGUCGCAGUGCUGGAGGUCCUUUCCUCACCACUAGUUAUGACUAUGAUGCUCCCAUAGAUGAAUAUGGUUUAAUCAGGCAACCAAAGUAUGGUCAUCUAAAGGAGCUUCAUAGGUCCAUUAAGAUGUGCGAGCGAGCUUUAGUUUCAGCUGAUCCCAUUGUUACACAAUUAGGGAACUUCCAACAGGCUCAUGUGUACUCUUCAGAAUCAGGAGAUUGUGCAGCUUUUCUUGCAAAUUAUGAUACAAAAUCUGCUGCAAGGGUGUUGUUCAAUAACAUGCACUAUAACUUACCUCCUUGGUCCAUCAGCAUUCUUCCUGAUUGCAGAAAUGUAGUCUUUAAUACUGCAAAGGUUGGAGUUCAAACAUCUCAAAUGGAAAUGUUGCCAGCGAGUACUGACAUGCUUGCAUGGGAGAGUUAUGAUGAGGAUCUUUCUUCUCUUGACGACAGUUCAACAUUCACUACUGUUGGUCUCCUGGAGCAAAUAAAUGUCACCAGGGAUGCUAGUGACUAUUUGUGGUACAUAACUAGUGUUGAUAUUGGUUCAUCUGAAUCCUUCCUCCAUGGAGGAGAACUUCCCACUCUAAUUAUUGGAUCAGCAGGCCAUGCAGUUCAUGUUUUUAUCAACGGCCAGCUAUCAGGUUCUGCCUUUGGGACAAGGGAGAACAGGAGGUUCACAUAUACUGGAAAGGUCAAUUUGCAUGCUGGGAAAAACCAAAUUGCGUUGCUGAGUGUCACCGUUGGAUUGCAGAAUGUGGGUGGACACUUUGAGACAUGGAACACUGGCAUCCUAGGUCCAGUUGCAUUGCAUGGACUUGACCAGGGAAAAUGGGAUCUAUCCUGGCAAAAAUGGACAUACCAGGUCGGGCUUAAAGGGGAAGCCAUGAAUCUAGUUUCUCCAAAUAGUGUUUCAUCUGUUGGGUGGAUGGAAGCAUCAUUGGUGGCACAAAGACCGCAACCAUUGACAUGGCACAAGGCAUAUUUUAACGCACCUGAUGGAGAUGAGCCAUUGGCUUUAGACAUGGAGGGUAUGGGAAAGGGUCAAAUUUGGAUUAACGGGCAGAGUAUAGGCAGAUAUUGGACUGCAUAUGCUAGUGGUAAUUGCAACGGCUGCAGCUAUGCAGGAACAUUCCGCCCUCCUAAGUGUCAGGUUGGUUGUGGCCAACCAACACAGCGCUGGUAUCAUGUGCCCAGAUCAUGGUUGAAGCCCACCCAAAAUCUCUUAGUAGUUUUUGAGGAGCUCGGAGGGAAUCCCUCGAGAAUUUCACUUGUGAAAAGAUCAAUGACCAGUGUGUGUGCUGAGGUUGCCGAGUUUCAUCCAACUAUUAAGAAUUGGCACAUUGAGAGCUAUGGAAGAGCAGAAGAGUUCCACAGUCCCAAGGCUCACCUUCGAUGUAGUCCAGGCCAAUCAAUUUCUUCCAUUAAAUUUGCAAGCUUUGGAACUCCUUUGGGAACCUGUGGGAGUUACCAGCAAGGACCUUGUCAUGCGCCAGCAUCCUACGAUAUUGUAGAGAAGAAAUGUAUAGGGAAAGAAAGAUGUAUUGUCACCAUAGCCAACAGUAACUUCGGCCAAGACCCAUGUCCAAAUGUGUUGAAGAGGCUGUCUGUUGAAGCUGUCUGUGCUCCAACAAAUUGGAGGGGCUAAUUCCAGGAAAGAAUUGAUAAAUUGCUAAUUUGUAUUGCAACUACCAGUAAUUUUAACUACACAUUACCAGCAAGAGAAAUGAGGAAGAAGAAUAGGAAAGACAACAGGAGAAAAAGAAAGGGUUCUAUUAGUUAGAUAGGUGGAAUGCCAUAGUCUGUCAAAGUGGGAGAGGCUGUGGCCAGAGGUGUUUGGCAUUCAAGAAAAGUAGUACUUAAAACUUAAAGUGGGUUAUUGAACUAUGUUGUAAAUUAGUGAUUUGUUUUUUAGAUGAGUUGGAAAAUCCCUUAGGUUCCAGCAAUUAAGGGGGCCUAAAGGUGAAUUUCAAGCCCCAGUACUCCCAACCCUUUUAAACUUGGUUGGAAGCAGUGGGAAAAGAGGUGUGUGAUUUGAUCUAAUAUGUUUGUAUUCAGUAGGGGUAAAAAAUCAAAUUUCCCCAGUUUGUUCAUGUUAGGAGUGGAUCCUACUAUGGUUGUUGUUCUCUUGUGCAGUUCAUUUUUAAUACACUCAGCUUUCUGUCCACA